GCGGCAGGCGGCGGCAGGGGCGGCGGCGGCGGCGGCCCGCACCAGCCAUGCCGAAUAAAAACAAGAAGGAGAAAGAACCACCGAAACCGGUGAAAAGUGGAAAAGGUUCAAAAGACGGACAAGACGCAGCAGAACCAGAGAUAGCCAACAGGAAAAACAGCCUCGUGGCUAUCCAGUCUUCGACAUCUGCUAAAAUCAAAGUGCCAGUCCCUCAGCCCGCGGUCCCUGUGAAGAAGGAUAAGCGGCAGAAUUCUUCACGGUUUAACGGCAGCAAUAACAGAGAACUGCAGAAACUCCCAUCUCUAAAAGAUGUUCCUCCUGCGGAUCAAGAGAAGCUUUUCAUCCAAAAGCUGCGUCAAUGUUGUGUCCUCUUUGACUUUGUUUCUGACCCACUGAGUGACCUGAAGUGGAAGGAAGUAAAGCGGGCUGCCUUAAGUGAGAUGGUGGAGUAUAUCACCCACAACCGGAAUGUGAUCACAGAGCCCAUCUACCCAGAGGUCGUCCACAUGUUUGCAGUUAACAUGUUUCGAACCUUGCCACCCUCCUCCAAUCCAACGGGAGCAGAAUUUGAUCCAGAAGAAGAUGAACCAACAUUAGAAGCAGCCUGGCCUCAUCUGCAGCUUGUUUAUGAAUUUUUCUUAAGAUUUUUAGAGUCUCCAGAUUUCCAGCCCAAUAUAGCAAAGAAAUAUAUUGAUCAGAAGUUUGUAUUGCAGCUUCUAGAGCUCUUUGACAGCGAGGAUCCUCGGGAGAGAGAUUUUCUAAAAACUACCCUUCACAGAAUCUAUGGGAAGUUCUUAGGCCUGCGUGCUUACAUCAGGAAACAGAUAAAUAAUAUAUUUUAUAGGUUUAUUUAUGAGACAGAGCAUCACAAUGGCAUAGCAGAACUACUGGAAAUCCUGGGAAGUAUAAUCAAUGGGUUUGCCUUACCGCUAAAGGAGGAGCACAAGAUUUUCCUGCUGAAGGUGUUGCUGCCCUUGCACAAAGUGAAGUCCCUGAGUGUCUAUCACCCCCAGCUGGCGUACUGUGUUGUGCAGUUUCUCGAGAAGGACAGCACCCUCACUGAACCAGUGGUAAUGGCACUUCUCAAAUACUGGCCAAAGACUCACAGUCCAAAAGAAGUAAUGUUCUUAAAUGAAUUAGAAGAAAUUUUAGAUGUAAUUGAACCAUCAGAAUUUGUGAAGAUCAUGGAGCCUCUUUUUCGACAGCUAGCCAAAUGUGUUUCCAGCCCUCACUUCCAGGUGGCCGAGCGGGCGCUAUAUUACUGGAACAAUGAAUACAUUAUGAGUUUAAUCAGUGACAAUGCGGCGAAGAUUCUGCCCAUCAUGUUUCCAUCCUUGUACCGCAACUCAAAGACCCACUGGAACAAGACAAUACACGGCUUGAUAUACAAUGCCCUGAAGCUCUUCAUGGAGAUGAACCAAAAACUCUUCGAUGACUGUACCCAGCAGUUCAAAGCAGAGAAACUGAAAGAGAAGCUAAAAAUGAAAGAGCGAGAAGAAGCGUGGGUUAAAAUAGAAAAUCUAGCCAAAGCGAACCCCCAGUAUGCAGUGUAUAGUCAAGCCAGCGCCAUGAGCAUUCCGGUUGCAAUGGAGACAGAUGGUCCUCAGUUUGAAGAUGUGCAGAUGCUGAAAAAGACAGUGAGCGACGAGACUCGUCAGGCACCGAAGGAUCUGAAGAAGGACCGCCCCCUUGUGCGCCGCAAGUCCGAGCUGCCUCAGGACCCCCACACCGAGAAAGCCUUGGAAGCUCACUGCAGGGCCAGUGAGCUGGUCUCCCAGGACGGGCGCUAGCCUCUGGAGCGGCACGCCGAGCUGGGCCAUCCUGUUUGUGCCAUACCAAUCAGUUACACUCAAAAAAGUCGCAGCUUCCUCCGACCCCAUUCUGUAGGCAGUAACACGGCUCGAGAUUAGGAGUUCAAACAGUGGUGGCUUUUCUGGCCCUACUGGCCAAGCCAGGGGUCAGCAACAGUGUCAUCACCAUGUUGUCACCACCCCAGCAUUGCCAUGAAUAAAUGAUGCAGUCAGAGCUGUAGGAAAGCACCCUGGUUGCCAUCUUGUUCUACCCAGUGGGCCCUGUGCUCCUCUAACAUAAGUACUCUGUGCUAAUACCAAUGAGGAACACUUUAGAAGGAUUCUUCUCCUCUCUAAGCCUUCACAGCCCUUGACGUUGUUUCCACAACUGCUGUGCCAGCAGCUUGUAUGUGUUGGUUAAAUCUCACAGAAAUAGUUCCUUGCUUUCACAUUCUAGCUGCCUCCUGGGAACGUGGCCAGCCGUCGGCAGCACGGGGACCUUCCAAGGUGUUUCUUUUCUUUGAUUAAUAGCAUGCACAUCAUGCCCUGCUCCCUAUGUCUACCGAAAGCCAUAUUUCACCGUCUUUGGUAGAGCUGGGGUUCCACCUAAGCUCAAAGGAGAAACUCUGGGAAGUGCUUUCUCAGCCCACCUCGACCAGAACUGCAGUGUUGAAAUUAUGUGUUCAUACUUUUAUUUGUAGAAUCAAUUUUCAUCUACUUACACAUUAUCCUUCAACAAGGCUCUUGAAUUAAUAAAAUUAUAGGACCUAAGAAUUCCACAUUUGUAGAAAGGGAGGAGAAAUUAAGCCACUCGGCCUAGUGAGACAGCAGCUGCCUGUGGCUAUGCGGCAGGUCGCUGUGAGGUGUCCUCAGUGAGCCUUUCUGUAGGGAAAAGCACACACCACCAAACUCAUAAGGAAAAGUGCAGUGUCUGCGAGUCUGCCCGUGUUCACAUGCUACUGCAGGCUUCACAGUCUCCUGGCAUGGGUUAAGCUUCUGUUGUAGAUGGAAUAACACGAGGAGAAAAAUCCCUAAGCUUACUGUUUUGUCUAUUUUUAUUUCUCUCAGGGUGGCCAGUAUUUUGACUUAUUUAUCCUGCUUGAAAGCUACUUGGGACGUGUCCCGCUACUCUGAACAGUGACUAGUUUCUCAUCUCCAGCAUAUAUAUACAACUUGGUGUUAAAUGUCUUGAUGCAGAAGAUACGGUAAAAUGUGGCUUCUUCUCAAAUCUGUUUUUUAAUUGUGGUCUCGGGUAUACAUGAAAAAAUUGUGAAAUCAGACAUUGCUCUCACGCGCACGGCCACAGAGCCUGCUUCUGGGUCCCCUUAGGUGUCUCCUGAUGCUCACUCCACAUAGCAGGGAAGGUGGGCACCUAUGGGGAGAGCAAGCCAGCACGGCUGAACAGAAUGGUGGCCCCAGCUGAGGGUGGGCAGGAUGGUCGCCUAGGUGAGAAGAACACUUCCUGAGAAACUUGAUAAGUAUCUAUCCACUUUACCAUUAUGAAAUCUAUAAUUAAAAAAAAAAGCUGAGAUGCCUUCUCCUUUUGAGGGAAAAAGGGUGCUUUUAUUGUAUAAAGCAGCGUCUCUGUGUUUUGAUACCCCAUUGUUUGAACUCUCGUUUUUAGCUGGUAGAGUCUCAGCCCUUCUGUGGGGCAGCCCAUGUGUGGUGAGAGGUCCCAAGAGACUCCUUUGCCCUGUGUGAAAAGCAAGCUAUCAGUGUCUGGUGAUUGUGCGAAGCUCAGCACGGCAAAACGUCCUCUAGUCGGGGUUUUAUUUCUGCUCUUUAUUGAAGACAAACAUUCACCAAUAAGGAAACAGAACAAAAAAAUGUUUUGAGAGAAACUAAUUUUCUUUGACAAGAGUAUUAUUUACUAUUUUGGCCUAUUAAAAUUUGCUCAGUUAGUACUCGGGCUCCCCGGGCUAAUUGUUCAACUUGUAUAUUGUUAAGACACACUGUUGAUUCUGUACCAAACUGGCUUUAAAAAAAAAAAAAAAGUACCACGUUGAAAAUAAACGGGUGACUGUUUUUCUUCAUAUGGCUCUAGUUUGGCACCUUCACUCUUUCCAAAAUGUAUCUGUGCGCCAGAGAUGUCACAGUUCAAGUGUCUUUCUAAUGUGGCUUUGUAUGGCUUCCUUUGAACAUUGUACAUACAUUGUAUCUUUGUUUUAUGGUAAUAAGUAAUAAAAAUGUAGACUUCGUAUUUUGUACAAAAUGUCCUAUGUACAGAAUUAAAAAAAAAGUUCAUAGAAACAGCAAAAUUAGGUAAGUGGCACAGUUAUUUUUCUUUAGAAAAUAUCUGUAACUUUACGCUUUAGUGAAAUGUUAAGUACCAACAUAUUUUUUAACAUUUUGUAAUUCAAAACUUUUUUGUUUUGACAUUGUUUAUGAAGAAAGACUUCAUGCACUUGCCAUUUAAUAUACUCUUUUAUCUAAUUUUAAAGAACUCUUUAAAAUGGUGUAUUAUAUGGACUAAAUAAAGAACAUGUGAAUUUUAUCGCUCAUUAUGAAA